UGUGUAGAAAGCCUCUUUGGUCUGAGUAGGUUACGAUUACAUUUGUUAUUAUAAGUCAGCUGUCAAACCUAUAAUCGCACGCCUUGCUGCCAAAUACAUGCAUAUGCUUCCCACUGGGUAAAUUUCACGUGGAUUAGAUGAAAAGCGCAUUUGAUUCAUUUACUUCUUUCGAGUUUUUUAGUUUCUCAAGAGCGCAGCCGGAGUUGCUCAGCUGACACGGAAAACAAACAGGAUCCAUACCCGGAAGAGACUGGUAGUUGAAAAGGUAGUGUGUGUACUACUGAAAACCUGUGCACUUUACAGCUCUAUCGCGUAUGAUCGUUGUGUCUCAUGAAUGCUGCACUACCUGUUUACGAUCAUUAUGACUUGACUUGUAAAUGGAUGUCGUUAGACUAGUUUCUGGUUGUAGCCUUGCCCCGUAGCCACUUGGCAUAGCCUACUUCAUCAGCUUACGACGCAUGUGCUGGACGUUUGUUUCUCUGCAGUACUAGUCAUCAAAUAAGCAUUUAUUCAAAAAUGAUAUCGGAGGGAAGUUCCUUCGUCAAGGGCAUGGCCAUGGGAGCUGUGUUUUGUCUAUUGCUCUCCAUACUGGGGAGUUUCAGCCCCAAUGUGCCUGGCUCCUCAGACCCAGAGGAGGAGCACCACCACCACCACGUCAUCGCCCCGAACACCAAGGACAUGCAGGAGCUCUCGCAGGCGGAGAUGGUGGAGCUGAGUCAGAAGGUGCGUGUGUACUGCCUCAUCAUGGUCACGCCCAAGGUCCUGGUGCACUGGGCGGCAGCCAACAGCACCUGGGCCAAGCACUGUGAUAAGGCCGCCUACUACACCUCAGAGUCCUCCAAAGCCAUGGACGCCAUAGACCUGAAGGAGAGCGACGAGUGGGCCAGGAUACGCGUCGCCCUGAAGCACGCGUACGAGAACGCCGGGGACAUGCGCUGGUUCUUCAUGGCACGGCCGACCACGUUUGCCAUCAUCGAGAACCUGAAGUACUUGAUCUUGGACAAAGAUCCCUCGCAGCCGUUUUACCUGGGCCGCUCGCAGAAGUCCGGGGAGUUGGAGUACGUGGAGUUCGACAGCGGCAUCGUGUUCAGCUACGACGCCUUGAGGCGGCUGAUGGACAUCCUGAAGAAUGACGACCUCUGCCCCGCGCGGGGCCGCGCCAUCUGGAAGGUGAGUGAGGAGAAGCAGCUGGCCAUCUGCCUCAAGUACGCCGGUGUCUAUGCCGAGAACGGGGAAGACGCGCACGGCCUCAGCCUGUUCAACAGCCAGAGCAUCAGCACCCUCAUCACGGACAGCAUCUCCAAAAACCCAGACAAAGUUCUGGAGAGCUGCUGCUCGGACAUGGCCAUCAGCUUCAGCGGGUUGUCGCCCAACCAGAUGCAGGUCAUGAUGUACGGCGUGUACAGGCUCAGGCCCUACGGCCACGACUUCCAUGACUCCAUGAUAUUUCUGCCUCCAAAGGGGUCCGACAAUGACUGAUUUUAUAGCUCAUUUUUAAAAUUUGUUUUAGAUGGACUGAUGCAGAAACAAAAUGGGUUCUGUAGGGUGUUGACUGUGUGACUAAAGGCUGUGCUUGGAUGCUGUUAAACGAUACAGGAAUGUCAUGUUGACAUUUUUUAAACCUGGGGAAUGUAUAAUAUUGUGAUUGAUAUGAAAAUCACCACAAUUCCACCACAUCUAAUGGACCAACAUGAUAUGAGAAGGGUUAUAACAUUUAGGGAAAAAUACCCUUUUCCCAUUUCGUUCAUCAUGGUGUUGAACAAAUUACAGUGCGUUACCACCAACCCGCCACCUGUACUUAGCCAGAGGCACAUAAUUCUUAUCAUUUAAAUGUUUUAAACCUGUGAAUCUCUUAACAUUCAUAGCAGAGAAACCAUAUCUGUGGUAUCACCUGUGAUUUUAUAACAUUUUCAUUUUUUGCAAAGAGAAUUUAUCUCCAGUUUCAUGUACAGUAAAGAUCAUCUUGACUUGAUGUGAUGCAGUUCAACACUGUAUUACAAGGACAGAUGAUUGCCCAAAUUCAUUUCCAACCUGGUAGAAACUGGUCCACUCAAAAAAUAUUGUAUUGUACGUCUAAGUUAAUGAUCAUUUCCCCAUUGCUUUUAUAGUUUUUUUGCUGGAAUUUUAUGGUUUUAUUUCAACAAUAUCUGUACUGGAUAUGAAUGCGUAUUUGCAUAAUUGUGAUCUUUCCAGAAAAUAUUUAUGUUCUAGUUAUGUCAUGUAUUGUAAUGCAACUUUUAGUUUUACCUGAAAUUUGUACAAGUGCAGAAAAAUACUUUAAUGUACAAGUGCAAAGAAUAUGUUGGGAUACGGUACAUAUGUUUGGGUAGUUUUUUUAUUAUAAUUUAAUCGUUGUCUUAGUAGGGAUCAGCAAGUGCAUAAUCAGAAAUUAUGUGUCUUACCUUCCCACCAGUAAAUGACGGUCAAAACAUGAAGGCAUACACUUUCAAACCUUUUUAAGCUGUAUUAGAGGAUACGAAUGUUUGAUCAAGACUUUCCCUGAUGGCAGUGCCAUUGUUUGUUUUUUCAAACGUGUAUGUGUUUGCACAAGUACACACAUUUGUCAAAACUGGUUGAUUUUAAAUUGUAUGUCAUUUUGUUGUAUGGCCAUGCUUUCCUUUUAGUAAACAACAGCGUUCCCUAGAUGGCCUGUAAAAAGAGGGGAACCCAACUACAAUGGACAGGAGCUUUGACUUACUGUACCAAGCAAUAUUGGAAAAAAUGGGAUGUCUCAAAUUUCUUGACCAGUAGGCUGAAAUCCCCUCCUAAACUGGAACCCGUUGUUGACAAGUACAAAAUAUCAGUAAAUUGUUUAACUACAGCAAUCUAGAAUUAACAGUUAACAAGUGACGCAAAGGCCUUACUCAGUGAAAAACGUAGAUAUAUUUAUUCAGAGCAGUCUGGUGGUUUUGUUCUCUUACUACACUCACUGGCCACUGCAUUAUAAGUACACCUAGUUAGUAACAGGUUUGGCCACUAGAUCAUAAGUACUCCCAGGAAAUAAGAGAUGUUGACCCAUUUUGCCUUAAGAGCUUCCAAAUAAUUUCACAGAUUCAUUCUGAGGUUGUAAUGAGGAUAUCUUCCGAGUCCACUUCACUUCCACUCCGUAAAACCCCUAGAGAGAUGGUGGUGUGAGAAAAUCCCAGUUUAUCUCUGAUACUAAAACCAGAGAUUCUUUUAGUAUAGAGAUAUGCCAACAUAAUAGGUUUCUAUGGGCACCUAACAUCACCAGGUUCCGGUCUGCCUAAAGGGGCGUGUCAUAAUACUCCUAGCAUUGAAUAGAACAGUCCUCAGGUCUGCCUAGGUCUGCCUAAAGGGGGAUUUCCCCCCCAAUAAUAGAACCCGGAAACAAUGGGCCAAUGGAACCUCUCUCUCUCUCUACUCAUGGGUGAGCGGUUAGGGCGUCAGACUUGAAUCCCAGAGGUUGCCGGUUCGACUCCCGACCUGCCAGGUUGG